UGUUUUCUUAACUUUAAUUAUGCAAACAAGGGACUUCAUAUUUGGGAUAUUGUAUACAAGACUAGAUAGUGUUGAGAUGUAAUCACUACUAGAAAAUUCCCUAUUUCAGACCAACUUUUUUGGUUAGGCAAAAUUCUUGACCGAAAUAAUGACCAUUUUAGGCAUAUUUAUUGAUUGAAAUUACCUUUUGUCCAUAUAAAACCUAAUUCUUUGAUUAAUUCUGUUAAAAACUAAUUCAAUCAUGGAGUUUGACAAAAAUGUAAUGGUGGGAAUUGGGGCCAUAAGUUGUUCAAUCAAGAAUAUUGAUAGAAACCAUUGCCAUCCUUAUUCAAUCAAGUAGAUUGACCAAAACAAUGGCCAACAAAUUCAACCAAGUUUUGCUUGAUAUAAUAUAUUUACUUUGGUCAAAUUCUUAAUUGAAAUAGACCAACUAAAUUGAUUUGAUGGGAGUAGGUUUUCUUUGCAAGUUAUCUUCACAUUUCGAUUAAGUAGUAUGAUCGAAAUACUAGUCUGCACUGAUUAGACUCUUACUAACCAGAUUUUGUAAACCUAUUUCGGUCAGAUUCAUGAUCGAAAUGUAACCUGGAAGUCAUUUGAUGGCAAUAGGUGGCUGGUUCGGCUUUUUCAAAUUGUUUCGAUCAGUGGGCUUGACCGAAUUAGAGUGCAGUGCAGCUGUUCACAACUUUUGGUCAGUAUUUUUGUCCGAAAUGUAAGUGCUGCAACUGAUUAAUAUAUGCAAAUAUGAGUCCCACCAUCUUUUCCACUAUUUGUGAUGAGGUGGGAUAUAGCGUUUUUCCCCCUUUUUUUUUUGGCUUUUUCUCACUUUCAAACUUCUACCAAUGUUGUCUCCAUUCUCAAUUGUGUCCCAAUCUGCUGUGCUAUUUGAUUCAUUAGUAUGUACUUAAGUUUUUUUUUUUUUUUUUUUAUGUUAUGUUUUAUUUUAUUUAUAUAAUUAUUAUUUAUCUAAAAAUACUACUUUUUAUGUGAAUUUGUUGAUAUAUUAUUUUACUUUUCAUAAAUUAACUAGUAUAAUUUACAUUUUUAUUUUUAUGUUUUUUUAUCUGUCUCAAUUCAUUAAUUUUUUCUUGUAGGUCCAUCCAUCUUAUUCAAAAGUUCACUUUGAUUCACCAAAAUUGAAAGUCUCCAUUAUUAUAAUCUAGCUUGCAUACGGAAAGCAACCAAUGCGAAAGCGACAAAGUCAUCAAUGGGGGGAAUCCUCUAAUGCAGCUCCCUUUGUGAUGGAAGAACCAGGUAAUGAUCUAAUUAGAGUGAUGGUUAUAAAUGCAAUGAAUUCACGUGGUAUAGAAUAUAAUAUGAAUGAACAAGCCAAUGAAGAGCUAAUUUUUGAGGAGGCAAUUGGAGAUGCAAAGGAAUUUUUUGAUCUUUUGCAAGUUGCUAACACACCACUUUUUGAUGGAUGUUAUGAGGGUGAUAUAAUACUCAAAUGGGUGUCUCAUUUUAUGAAUGUAAAGACAUUUUAUAAUAUUAGUGUGGCUAACUUGGAUUAUAUGUUAAAGUGCAAUAGAAGAUGGAUUAAACC